AUGACUGCAAUCUACACACCUACUUCCCAAAUCAACAUGAUUGCAAUCUGUGUACCUACUCCCCAAAGCUACAUGAAUGCAAUCUGCCCUCCUACUUUCCAAAUCAACAUGAAUGCAAUCUGUGCACCCACUUCCCAAAGCAACAUGAAUGCAAUCUGCAUGAUCUGUACACCUACUUCCCAAACCAACAUGAUUGAAAUCUACACACCUACUUCCCAAACCAACAUGAAUGCAAUCUGUACACCUACUUCCCAAACCAACAUGACUGCAAUCUACACACCUACUUCCCAAACCAACAUGAUUGCAAUCUACACACCUACUUCCCAAACCAACAUGAAUGCAAUCUGUAGACCUACUUCCCAAACCUACAUGACUGCAAUCUGUGCUCCUACUUCCCAAACCAACAUGACUGGAAUCUGUGCACUUACUUCCCAAACCAACAUGACUGCAAUCAACACACCUGCUUCCCAAUGCCGGUCAAAUAACAAUGAACAGCUAGGAGGUCUUUGUCGAAUAUUAAUGAACCAGACCAGCAGUUCCGUCCUACGUUUCGGAGCUGAAUUGAAAACAUGUCGUUUGUCCAGAGUCCAGGACGAAACUGCCGUUUUGAUUCACCAAUUUUCGACGAAGACUUCUUUGUAGUCAUGAAGGGCAAUUGUGGCAAUACAUGUUCUUAAAUACGUCGUACUUCGUGAAAGCAAGAAUUCCCUAGUGUUGCGAAUAACUU